AUGUUUGGUGCACCAGUAGCUCACUACUCUGCCGCUCCAGUAGUUGCUCACUACGCCGCCCCAGCUGUCGUUAAGACCGUCACCCCAGUUUCUCACCAUGCCGCCCCAGUUGCUGCACAUUACACCGCCCCAAUUGCUGCUUACCACCAUGCACCAGCUGUAGUGAAGACUGUCGCUUCAGUUUCCCACUACGCCGCCCCAAUCGUCAAUGCCGUCCAACAUGAAAACCAACACGAGGAACGUGACGGAUAUGUUGUCAAGGGAUACUACAGCUUGGUCCAACCUGACGGUGUCACCCGUACCGUCCACUAUUCCGCUGAUUCCCACAACGGAUUCAACGCUGAAGUAGAAUACAAAGGAGAACCAAUAGUCCAAAAAGUUGUUGUAGCUAACACCAUCAUUGCUGCUGCUCCAAUUACCGAUUAA